UGUUUGCAUUUCGGGGGAAAGACGCAUCUCUGAUACUGUCCAAAGCGGCUGAGAAGGAUCCCAUUGCGACGGGGGAAAAAACGCAGUUUGGGCGCAUACGCUCCGGAGGUGGGACAGUCAAAAUGAUGCGUAGGAGGUGCAACGUUGAGCCGUAUUGAUGGAUGUGUUAACAGACAGCAGUCUCACAUUGAUCGUGAAGACUUCAGAACCAGAGAAUGCAAAUGCAGUGGAGAAUACAGGGGUAUGUGAGCAGAGUGGUGAUCUGAGUCUGUGUGGACUCGUUGAUGCUGCUCUCUCUCCAUCCUCAUCUCCACCUGCCACACAGACUUCACAACGGGCCUGCCAAACGCACCAGGGGUCUCCUGCAUCACCAACCCUACCCCUGCCCCUCGGCACUGACUCGUCCCUUGGCCUGACAGCACCUUCCUGUCCUCCAUCUCAAGAGGCCCCACCUGUAGUCCCCCACCUUCAACGCACUCCUACUACACUUCCUGCUUCUGCUAUAAGCUCCUGGGGUUCAACAGGGGACCCCCAGAAGACCCCCCUUCCACUACCUGUUGCUCUCCCUCUGUCGACUACAAUGAUGGAGCCUGCAACUGUGUCUGCUCUCACAGAAGAGUGUCUUCUGCAGCCUACCCGCACCUGCCUCGGCUGUUUCAUCGAGACCCGUGAUGCUUCUGACCCUAGUUCCAUUCCAGAACCCACCCAUGACCACACUACAAAUCCUGACACAGAGACUGGGCUAAGUGUAAGGAUAGGGGAUGUAAGCCGAGAGGACUUCUCUGAUAUCAACAACAUCAGCAUCCAGUGCCUGAGCCAUGCGGGGGAGGCAGUGAGUCACUAUGGAGAACAGCUCCUCUCUGACCAGCUACUUAGCUUUCCUCUGCCUAAAGCCCCAGGUGAGGGCAAGAGAGUGGAUGGAAACAAAACAACAGAGGACUGUGAUGACCCAGAAGAUGAUGCAACAGCUAAGAACUUGUACGAGGGACUGUUAUUAGAUAAGGUGAGCGGAGAGGAAGUUCUCCUGGCUAAUGCAGGCCAGGACUGGGGCUACUUUGAGUCUUUUAUCAGUGAGAGUAAAAUGGAAUUGUUGGACCUUUGCUCUAAAAAUGAACUGUCAGUCAACCUCUUCUCUGAGGAAGACGUUGACAAUCUGUUUGAUGAUGAAGACGAUGACUCUACUUUAAGCAGUGGUUGUUCACUAAAGAUUCGUUAUGAGUCUUUCCAGGACAACAUGAGGGAAAAAACAAAUGUGCUCCAAGAGGAGACCCAGUUCAACUUUUUCCCAAGUGUCCUGGCCAACUGUGCCAAGAAGGAGGAAGGAGGGGGAGUGCUCAGAAGAAGUACUGAGGAGCUUCAGCCCAAAACUGAUGAGCUCAUUCUAGAGACAGGGCAAGAGGGAAAGGCUGGGGACUGUAGUGGCAGGAGCCCUCUUGAUGGCUCGCAAGGGUCACCCAUGUCAACUCCCAAAGUCAACUACCUAAUGGACUUCAAUUCUACUGAGGAGUCAGGGGAAUUCAGCGAUGAUAGCUCCUGUACUGGCUCCUCCUCAGACACACUGCAGGAAGGCAAAUUUAAGAAGGGUCACUCAAAGGGUUUCCUCAGCCCUUCCAACCCUCUUAAUUAUGGCUUGCGCUCCAAGAGAAAGGUUAGGUACAGUGAUGAUUACUUAUAUGAUGUUGACUCACUUGAGAGUGAGAAAAAUGCAGAGAAAAAGGAGAAAGCUCCAGCUGGACAGAAAGAGGAAGAGGAUGUAGACUGGUGCCCCAAAAAGCGACGGAAAUCCUGUCGUAAAGAGCCACCUGUGGUCAUCAAGUACAUUAUCAUCAACAGGUUUAAGGGAGAGAGGCUCAUGUCAGUAAAAUUGGGAAAGCUGGACCCUGUGGAUGCAACUGUGAGCUUAAAUGCAGACACAGUAACCAAAUAUAAGACACUGGCUCCUCUGAAGGAUUUCUGGCAGGAGAGGCAAAGGGAGAGACAGGAACAGCUUAAGCUGGCUGCCAGAGAUAAACAACAACGUGGUUUUCAUCUAAACGGACGCCAUCAUCGUCCUUUUAAUUCUAGUCAUCCCAAAAGGAAAUACAAGAGCAACAGGCUUAAGGUUCAGAGGAUUCAUGCUGUGGAGCAAUCAGUAACAGCACAGGGCUCCUCUCUCUCUGAUCAGGGCCAGGGAGGUGUCACUAAAGAGGAGGCCACCCCCACAGUUGGGGGAAUAAUAGCAGCCCCAGGACCUCCCAGUACAUUAGACACAAACUCUAUCACACACACAGUCACAGCCAAGAGCCGCUCCCAGGAAGAGGGAGGAGAGGGAGGGAAGGAGAUUGGGAGGAUAAAAACAGUCAGGAUAAGGAAAUUCAAAGCGAAGCAGGCUGAGGAGCAAGAAAAUGAAAGAGCAGAAGGAGAGGAGGGGAGGAGCGUGACAAAUGAAACGGAUGCCUGUGCCGUUGUGGCACAGAUUGAGCACCCUACUGCUGGGUUAGAAGAGGCAGGCAGCUCAACUACAGUCAAACCCCAUUCUCUGACACAUACCACCACCGCUCACACAUCCGAGGAGAAAUUCCCCUUUGUUUCGUCCACCUGCUCUUCUGACAAAGCUCCCUCCUCAGAGAGGGUAGAGGCGGGUGUCCCUGUCAUCCCAGGGGGCUAUCUGCAGACCCUGUUAGAUGCUACAGACUCCUCUGCUGGAGCAGCCAUCUCUUAUUUCCCUCAGCAGCCCUCAAGGCAGCAGUAUCCUCGGCUGUCCCUGGAGGAGAAGCAGUUUUCUUCUCUGCAGCUCGCACAGAGUUGCGUCCUCUCUCCUCCCUCAGAAUCAGAGCUCCAGCAGUCUCCCCAGAACUGCCCCAGCUUCCCCCAGAUGUGGCACCCCCAGCUCUGCCCUAGUCAUAGCCAGAGUUUUGGGCCCGAGACCCCUGAGACUCCAAUCUUACCGAACAACUUCCCAGCUGCUGUGCCACUGAAUGACAACAUGCCAGUGUCUAACUACACCCAGCUGAGCCCUGAGGCUGACAGGCGUUAUGAGAAGAGCUACCUGACUGAGGCUGGGUUGCAGCGGGCAGAUCUGCAAGUGUGUCAGUCUGCUUGUGUGGAGGGCCAGGUGCAAUACCAGAGAGGGUCUCUGUGCACAGACAAUGGCAGGCUCAUCAGCUAUGACUCAGUGGGCUCUCUGUCAGCCUCCUCUAGCAAUUACAGCUCCCUAAGCCUGAAGUCUUGUGAGAGAGAGGGUGAGGAGGAGGGCCGAGACAGCUUCUUAGCUCAUUGCAGUCCUAAAGUGGUGAUUCAGCAGAGUGUGGACGCCCUUACUCCACUCAGGGAGUCCUCAGACCUGCUGGAUAUCUCAAACUUCACCCCUGACAAGUUUAGACACUCAUCACUGUCAGAGCUCCCCCCCUGAGACCCCAACUUAUCCCCCCAGGUCGUGGGGCGUGAGAUGAAGAUUGCGGGGAAUGUUGGAGAAUACCAGGAUGUCAAUGACAUGAAUCUGGAGUGUAACAGGGAUGUAAAGUGGAACUGUGAAGUUAUGCAGCAACAAGAACACACAACAAAUGCAUUCACAGUGGAAGACAGCCAGUUUCCACUGCACAACUUUAACAGUCAAGAUGUCUUAAACUUAGACAAAAAGGAACUGGGUGUUACUGAAUUUGACGAACAGACUGGUGACAUGUUGGCCGGUGCCAAAACUAUAAAGUCAAAGCGGAAAGGCAAUUACAAACAGACUGCAGGACAAAGUCCAAAGAAAGUCCGGGCCCCCAGAGCUCCCAAAUCAGAAAAAGUUAAGACCCCCAAACAGAACUCACGUUCCACCAAAAAGAUAAAGGCCAUGCUAGAGGGUAAAGCAGCAAAGAAUCAGGCUGGCAGUUGUGGCACAGGCCUGACUGACGGCAGCAGCACUGGGGACUGGUCUGGUACUGGGUGGUCAGAGAGCAACAGUCUGGUAGGGGACGACCAGAGAGAAUUUGAGGAGCCCUCCAAUAUUCUGUCAAACAUUGUUUCUGGCAUGGCCGAGGUCCAGAGGUUCAUGAUGGCCUCAAUUGAGCCACUGUGGAAUCCUAUGUCUGAGGCCUGCAUGCCCUCUGAGGCCAACAGCCUAAACCUUAAGACCCUCAAAAUCUUGGCUGGCACAGAGGCUGACCUGAAGAAAAAAGGAGCUGUGCUAACGGGGGCUGGAAGAGGCGGAAGGCAGGAGGGAAAAGGAGGGAAAAACCAGGCCAAAUUCAACCCUUCCCAUCCUUUAUUCCCUCAGCUAGCUCUCGGCUGUAACAUGUUUGACAAACCCAACUUUAUUAACCCUGGACCUGCACACAAAAAGCUGUACCGCCACAAGACCAGUGCAAAGUUUCCUCGCAUUGAGACGCUGAAGGGGAAGCGAGCUGAGAGAGACCCAAAUAAGGACAUAGCACUGAUGACCUCUUUUGAGAAACUGAGGUAAUAUUUUGUUAUCAGCUGCUGUUGCACCCCCUUCUCACUUUUCCCCAAUAACCUGCUCAGCCCCUCCCUCCCAAGCAUACCUACACUGACGCUAUGCCAGAGCUGCAUGAGUACUACGUUCCCCUUGACUACACCCACUUCCUUUGCCCCCCCUGAAGAGGAAAUUAAUAUCUGCAUGAAAAACUUCUUGUACUUUGCAAACUACCUAUUGAGUGAUUGUGUCAAGCUGAUUGAGAUUUGAAACGACCAUGGCUGCAUUUUUCUUGCUUUUGUUGUUUCUGCUUUGUUUGUUCUUAUAGUCGUUUUUGUUUUAAUUUUGUCUGAAAAAAAAAAAAAAAGAAUAAGCCUUGAAAGCAGUUCUGUCGCCUUUUUGAGGAACUUUGUUUUUGUAUUUUCUCAGCAAAACUAGCUCCCCUGAAUUAUGUAUUUAUUCCCCUUUUCCCUAAAGAUGUAGCUAUAUACACAAAUGCAUUGAGUGACAUCUACGCACCCCUCCUCAUCUGUUUUUGUAUGCAGAAUAUGGAUGUCCUGUUGUUGCUGUCCUUCAUACACUGCCUGGCUCAUUUCAAGAGGGAAACCUACAGUUAAUGAGCCGUAUUUAAGCCCAAGACAUCUUGAAAUCACAAGAUGGGACCAUUUUGUAUUGAUGACAUAUCAGACAUAGUCUUCUUUUUCCCUCAAAGUUGGAAUGAUUCCUAAUUUUCUUUUUAUCAAGGGUUGGUUUUUCUUCUGGAGUUUAGAGGAACUGGUUAUCUAAAUUUACAUUUUUACGCCUUGCAAAUUCAUAAAAGCUCCACCCUCAGAGUAUUUUUGUCAAUGUUGUUGUACAGGGACAUGCAAUAUUUGCAAAAAAAAAAAAAGAAAAAAAAAGAUAAUUAUAAUCUUAAAAUCAAUGUGCCAAAAGUAACAAUGCUGUGUAAAUGACCUCUUAUAUAUGUGUGAAUAUUGGCUGUUCCUCUUUUCUAUCCACUGGAAUAUUGGCUGCUUGGGUUGGAGACUCCUUACAGAGACUUGCCACUAUACAGGAAUUCUUUAUUUGGGACUUUUCACUCUUCUCUGAUGAAAGGCACCAACAGCUGGCAGUGGUACACCACCACUCACUAAACCAAAUCGGAAAGACUCUGAAUUCUCCUUGUUUCCCCACUUUGUUUGCCAAAUUCAAUUUACCUCAACAUCGCCUGCACUGACAAGCAUCAACAGAGAGGCAAAGGGGAGAUCAGCUCUGAAGGCUACUGUAGAGGAAGAAGAGGGAAAAAGAGGUGUUCAAACGAGUUUUCUCUGGACCAAGGAGAGUGUAGUGCAGAUGUUUGAGGGUAAGCAAGGAAAAUUAUUUGUCUGUUGGGGCUGUGCCUCAAUGGAAUGCUGUUUUGUACUGGAAAUUCAAGGCAGUUUAUCACUAAUAGAGUCUGAUGCACGUAUUGGUUGUGAAUGGACUUAGGACAUUACAUUUUUGCAGUAGAUAUAAUGUGAAUGUGAAAGAAGUUUUCAGUAAUGGAAUCAGUAAUCUUGUAAAUGAAGGAAAGCAUGUUUUCGCAUUAGUUUCACAUGGAAAUCUUAUCCUGGUUUACCGGAAAUGGUCAUUUAAACAGUAAUUUCUCUUGACAUUUUCAUGUCAUUUAUUUGUUAACAUAUAAGUUGCACCACUGGUGUACUUGGUCACCUUUAAUAUUAAUUUUUCACAUAAUGUCUGAAUCCAGAUCCUCUUUUUUUGGAAGUACUUUUUAAAUGAUUCUUUUUAAAUCUCUUUUUCAAUGGUUUAACAUUUUGGCAGAUAACAUUAUUGCCAGUAAAUACAAAUUAAAUAUGUUAGUCUCUGAUCCGGUGAUUUCCCAGGCCCUGUAUCUUAAUUACAUGCUCAUUUACUGCAUUACUGCCCUUAAAUGACACAUGGGAAAUCCACCUUAAUAUGGACUACACAAUCAUGUUCCAAAAUGUUGAAAAGCCUAAUUUUUUUUAUUUUAUUUUGUAAAAUAAAGGAAUCGGAGGAGUAAUAGAGUCCCUUCAAUUGAAAACAGGUGUAAGCUGUCCUUCACAAACAUAUAAACAAUAGGCCUAUAUUUUCUCUCUGUUUUGUAACAUGAAAUAUGGAGAUGUGUGGACAAACAUCCUUGAUUUUAACACUUUAAAACACCUUGUCACACUGGGUAUGCUAAUUCAGAUGCACAGGUUCUAGUAAUUGAUUGCUUGCAUAUUGCAAGAAUCAUAAUCAAUCAUUCUCUGUCUCUUUUUCUCUCCUCUCUGCCAUGAUCCUUUGUUUUGUUUCUCCAGUGUAUCAGGGUUAGGACCAAGACAAGCUGCUGAUGGGAAGCUCCACAUGGGCCCAUGCCCAUUUAGUCUGCCUUCUCUAAUUUCUGCCUAUUGUCAAAUUGAAUGUACUUCUCUGAGU